GGGCGCCGCAACGCCGACCCACGAGGCCCGAGGCAGGCGACCGCAACCAGCCUAACCGAUGAAAACAAUGGCGUGACUUCCUUCCGAGUCCACCUCGGUACCAGCCACCCCGCCCACGCAAGUUUGACACAUGGGCGUCGCGAUGGGUCGAAGGCGGUGGGCGGUGGUGUCCUUAGGGAUGAUGGUGGGCGGAUAUCUCGCCCUCGCUGCUCUCACACAGCUGGCGAACCUGCCUGAGGGAAAAGCCGCAGCUGGAGGCAGCGAGGAAUACACGCUGCCGUCGUUAGAAGAAGUGAUCCAGUCUGUUCAUGACCUCGAUGUACAACGCGUCCUCAGGAUGUACAGCGCACAACACGAAGAGGUGCCCCCGGGAACACCCCACGUGCGGGUCAUCGUGACCUCCACCUGGCGCAGCGGCUCGACCUUCCUCGCCGAGAUCCUGGCCUCGCACCCCGGGGUCUACUACCACUACGAGCCCCUGAUGCCUUACGGUCUCCAGCAGCUCCACCCACAUGCCGCAGAUUUUGGAGUUAGAGAUUUAGUAAUUUGUGUUGCAUUAGAAGUUUUGAAUACAGUGUGUUUACCCAUUCGCCUUCCUUUAACUACCCAUUCGCCUUUCUUCCAGGACGAGGUCCAGGGCUUGCUGCAGACCAUCCUCAAGUGCGACUACCACAACCUGGACGAGUACCUCAAGUUCGCGUACGUGAACCACGACAUGUUCAUGCGCAACACCCGCCUGUGGUCCAUGUGCAGCGCCAUGCCCAGGACCAAGUGCUACAACCCGGACACCCUGGCGCGCCUGUGCUCGCUCUUCCCCGUGCACGUGAUGAAGGUGGUGAGAGCGAGGCUGGAGCUCCUGGCGCCGCUGCUGCGGGACCCCACCGUCAAGCUGGUGUGGCUGGUGCGUGACCCGCGGGCCGUGAUGAGCUCCCGCGCCAGCAGCGUCACCUGGUGCGACACCCUCGCCUGCAAGGACCCGGGCUACCUGUGUUCGGACCUCUUGCUGGACUACAGAACCUACCGCUUGCUGCAGGAGGAGCGGCCCGACCAGGUGCUGCUGGUGCGCUACGAGGACCUGGCGCGAGACCCCUACGGCAAGAGCCGGGAGGUCCUCGAGUUCGCCGGCCUGACCUUCCACAAGAGGGUGCGGGAGUACCUGGACGACCACCUCACCUCCGACGAGGACGAGCCCUGGAGCACCCGCCACGACCCCAAGACCCGCGUCGGCAGAUGGAUGAAGCUCAUGAAGUUCGACGACGUCGUGAAGACGCAGUACCACUGCAAGGCCAUCAUGAAGAACCUCGGGUACCGGCUGUUCGCCUCGCCCAACGACAUGGACGCCGGCAACGCUGUGGGCCAUCUCAACCUCCCUUGAUCUCGUCGCGACGGGGACGCCCAACAACGAUGCCCGCAACGCUCGCCUUCUGCCCGAGUGCCAGGGACGUGGACAUGCUGAUCGCCGGUACCUUUGGCACGCGUACCCAAGCACCAAAUAUCCCUCAGCACAGAUACCCAUGACGCUUGUAUCCUCAACGGUGAUUUCGUCGUACCCUCAGCACAAAUACCCUUAGGUUUACCAUUACUCGGAGGAGUUCGGGUAGUCUACAAAGGUGCAGCCACUGUCCCGAAGGUAACUGCAGCGAAGUAGCAAGAUAAUGAGAACAGGUGACCCAGUUUAGUGCCUGUCACCGAGCUCAAAGACUCAUUCAGUCCAGCGUGUUCUGGUGCGCGAUAUGCGACGAGGAUUACAUAUCCCAGUCCCGGCUGGAGGAUAAACAGAUUUCGCGAUUUUAAGAAAAGCGGGAAACACAUCCCCUUAAGACUGAAUACUUUAUAUAAUAUAUAUAUAUGUGUGUGGGUGUACGUAUGAGUGUAUGUAUGUAUGGAAAUAUGUGUGUAUGUAUAUUGCAUAAUAUACCAUGAAGAUAUGGAAGAUGUACAUGGGUCAUGUAGCCGCCAAAGAGAAGCAAAGAAAAGAACAAAAUAACAUAUCAGACUGUCUUACUUUCUGUGUAUAAUGUACCGCAUAAGGUCAUUUUGUCUGUGAUACACCGUUUCAUGUAUAUGGUAUAAAUGUCUAUAUUUUUCAUGUGAUAGAGCACCAUUUGAAUACUUUACGGAGAUUUUUGACAUACUUUGGUAGAGGAAAAAGACACAUGCUAGCUAUUUACACAUCUCUUAGACAAAAUGCUUCAUCCAUUUUUUCUUAGAAUGUGUUUGGAAUAAAAUGAUAACUCAGUUG